AUGAAACCAGGUCGAAAAAACUUGAAUGCCCAGAUAUUGUCAGCACGGCGUAUCGUCGCGAAUCUUGUUGCGGAAUCAGACUCCCCGACAUGUGUACAGAAACCACUUCGCAUGCAGCGCGAGAUCAUCGACAAGGGAAAGACACUGGGCGAGCUUGUAACAAGGACAGCCAUCGCAGGUGAGCUGGAUAGGGCCCGCAGAGACCACGAGCGUCAGCUCCGGGAGCUGGAAACAGAGCUGAGAACACAGCUCACCAAGGCCGACGAGUGCCAUACUGCUCAGCUUCAAGACUUAAAGAGCGAGAUUCUCCAGAAAGUCGCCAAAGCCAAGGGCGAGAAGAAGGCACUCCGAAAAGUGAUGAGCGAUCUCCACGACGAAGAACGACAAGCAUGGAUGCAGAAAAUCAACGAACUGGACAAGGCCUUUCAGGCAAAGAUUGCCGAGAAGGAAGAAGAGUUGGAGGAUUUGAAGCAGUCCAUCCACGAGAUCCGGCAAGAUACGUAUACAUCGUCGUCGUCUUCUGGCGACGAGGAGGAAUUCUAUGCGCACGAGGAGAUUGUCCACAAUGCGAGCCAGGAAAUCGACGAUGCCAAAUCCAAUCGGGAUCGGUUGAAGCGAGUCGCGGGAAACAUUGUGAAUGGGCUUGCGAAUGGGGUUGGUGCUGCUGUUACAACGAGUGUUGUUGGAGGUGAGCUUCCCUUCUGA